AAACACCAAUGGAGUCAGCAACGGUCUCAGUAUGGGUCACUUGAACAACGUCCCCGAUCAAAGCAGUGGCGGCGUUGUGGAUCGAUUCUCACAAUCGAACGCCGCGGAGGAGCCUUACUUUGCUCGCGCACGAAUGGAGGAUCGUUCGGAUCACGUAUCACGUCUUUCAAGCCAGCUUGAUGCAACAGAUGAGAUCAUGAAGAAGUGAAAGAAAACAGGAAAGACAGCUUAAAGGGGGUAACAAAGGCAUAAUCUAUAUUUAAGAAACGGGCGAGAAAGGAGGAUUCCCCACGGCCACAUCGGAAGCGUCUAUAUACAAUUCUAUCAAUACUGAGAGGAUAGCUUGGCUGGGAUGGCAGGAUCAUCCCAGAAGUGUAAG